AUGAGCUUGACAACUCAAACAGAGGAAUUACCUGAUGUUGAACGACCCGAACAGCAAAACUUUGUUAAAUUCUUUAGAAGCUUAGAUCCAGUCGAAGAAGGAACAAUUCGAUUAUUUGAGAGAGAAGCUAAUGGAAGCAAUUAUUACACAUUUCAUGGAGACGAUGCCAUUUAUAUUGCUGAAACUGUUUACAAAACAGCCUCUGUUGUCAAAUACUGGCUAGGUGACAGCACAACAGGCUUACCAACCACUCGUUUAUCAAACAGAGCAACUGAGACCUUCUUAAGAGAUGCACUAUUGAACAAGCAGUUGAGGAUUGAGAUUUGGAAACAAUGUAGAACAGAACAAAACAGGAUAGAAUGGAAUCUGAUUCGUAAAGCUUCUCCUGGCAACCUGCAAGAAGUAGAAGAUUUCUUGUUUACUUCAAGUCAAAUGACCACUGCUCCCGUAGUCAUUGCUGUUAAAUAUGGAACCUCAGGAGAAAACAAGAUAGUAGGUGUUGCCUUUGCAGAUACAACAGUAAAAGAACUGGGUGUCAGCGAGUUUGUUGACAAUGAGCUUUAUUCCAACUUGGAGUCAUUGAUUAUUCAGCUGGGUGUAAAAGAAUGCAUAUUGAGCUUGUCAAGCGAAAAAGAUUAUGAAGCAAUUAAAAUCAAAGGUAUACUUGCUCGUUGCAACGUUGUGGUCACAGAAAGAAGGAAGAGUGAUUUUGAUGCAAAAAAUGUUGCUCAAGACCUUAACCGACUUGUAGAGGGCAAUGUAUCAAUUGAAGCUUUACCCGAAUACGAAAUGACAAAUGCAAUGGCUUCUUGUGCAUGCGUAAUAAAGUAUUUGCAGCUACUGGAAGACGAAGUAAACUUUGGAAAAUACACUCUGAGACACCAUGAUCUCUCACAGUAUAUGCGCCUUGAUGGAUCAGCUCUUGCUGCUCUCAAUUUGAUGCCAGCCCCUAACGAAGCUGCAAACAGACCAACAAGUCUUUAUGGAUUAUUGAAUAAAUGCAAAACGGCUCAGGGCAGUAGAUUGUGUACGCAGUGGCUAAAGCAACCGCUUUUAAGUUUGGAAGAAAUAACUAAACGACAAGAUAUCGUGCAAGUAUUCGUGGACGAUACAGAAUUACGACAAUCAUUACAAGAAGAUCAUUUGAAACGUAUUCCUGAUCUUCACCGGUUGGCAAAGCGUUUCCAAAGAGGCAGCGCAACACUUCAAGAUGUUGUAAGAAUCUAUCAGGUUGUGAUCCGUUUACCAGCCAUGUUGUCAUGCUUAGAAAACAGAAUACCAGAGGAUCCAGAAAAGGCAAAGAUAAUUGAAACCAUGUACACAUCGCCUAUAAGAAGAUUAGCCACUACGUUGAAAAAGUUGGAGGAAUUGGUAGAGACAACCAUUGAUCUGGACGCACUGGAGAAUCAUGAAUAUAUUAUAAAGGCACAAUUCAAUGACGAGCUGCAAGAGUUACGCAUGCAGAUGAAUCAACUUGAAAGUCAAAUGACAGAAGAAUAUAGGAGAGUGGGUCAAAGACUUGGUUUAGAACUUGAAAAGAAGCUCAAGUUCGAGAAACAUUCACUUUACGGUCACUGUCUUCGUGCUGUAGGACGCAGUGAAAGUAAUGCUAUAAGAAACAAAUCUGAAUAUAUAGAAUACUCUACUCAAAAAGCUGGUACACUUUUUGCCAGUAGAACCUUAAAAGAUCUUAGUGCUAGGCAUGUUGACCUAUCAAAAGAAUACGACAGCAAACAGAGAGGACUUGUUCGAGAAGUGAUUGAAAUAGUUGCUACCUACUGUCCAUCCUUAGAAUCACUUGGUAGCGUCAUUGCUCACAUGGACGUAUUAAUAAGUUUUGCUCAUGUUUCUGUAAUGGCACCUAUACCUUACGUCCGACCUACGAUAUAUCCUUUAGGCCAAGGGAAUGUAUUACUAAAAGACGCUAGACAUCCCUGUUUAGAAAUGCAAGACUACGUAGCAUUCAUUCCUAAUGAUGUUGACAUUACCAGAGAUGUAUCCGAGCUGCAAAUCAUCACUGGUCCAAACAUGGGUGGUAAAUCGACAUAUAUUCGACAGGUUGGUGUGAUUGCUUUAAUGGCACAAAUCGGCUGCUUUGUUCCCUGUGCAAGUGCAUCCCUGUGCAUAUUUGAUUCAAUAUUAGCAAGAGUUGGAGCAGGAGAUAGUCAACUGAGAGGAGUGUCCACUUUUAUGGCAGAAAUGCUUGAAACAGCCACGAUAUUAAAAGCGGCUUCACGAAACUCUUUGGUUAUCAUUGACGAAUUGGGCAGAGGCACAAGUACAUACGACGGUCUUGGUCUAGCUUGGGCUAUAUCAGAGUAUAUUGCUACAAACAUCCGAGCAUUUUGUCUCUUUGCUACACAUUUCCAUGAAUUGACAACACUAUGCCAAACUGUUAAGCAUGUCAAAAAUCUGCAUGUGGAAGUGCAUAUUGGAAAUAAUGGUGAUGUCACCUUAUUAUACAAGGUAAAUGAAGGCGUCGGUAACAAGAGUUUUGGUAUCCAUGUAGCAGAGUUGGCCGAUUUCCCUAAACCAGUUAUUGAACUUGCAAAACGUAAAGCGAAUGAACUGGAUGAAGAAGCAGAAAAAGACAGAGCAAGUCAUAAAAAGUACAAACCAGAGCAGAUUGAAGAAGGUGACAAGAUUAUGCAGCAGAUGGUGCAAGAUAUUGCUGAUGCAUCUAAAUCAGACGAUAUGAAUUUGUACAUACAACAAAUUAAGGAUAAAUACUCGGACAUUAUAAGCAACAAUGAGUACUUGAAAGAUCUUUUGUUAGAAUAA